AAGGACGCUCUUCUAAAACCCUCUCUAAUAUAAAUUGCCACCAAAACCAUUUGCUUUCUCCUGCCUCUUCCUCUGCAAUUGUCUAUUUCGCAGCUUAAACAGCCCCUAAACUCCUCUUCUCUCUGAUUCUCUCUUCCUCGUCAUCAACAAUGGAAUUCUGGGGAGCUGAAGUUAAGGCCGGGAAGCCUCUUAAGGUGCAGCCUGAUGAAGGAGACCUUAUCCACGUUUCUCAGGCGUCACUUGAUAAAGGGAAAAAGGGAGAAUCUGCGCUCUUGUAUGUGACGGUUGAUGGAAAGAAACUUGUAAUUGGAACACUUUCUCAAGACAACAUCCCUCAGAUCAGCUUUGAUCUUGUCUUUGAGAAAGAGUUUGAGCUCUCCCACAGCUUGGAGAGAGGAAGUGUCCACUUCAUUGGCUACAAAUCCCCCAACAUCGACCAGGACGAGGAGGAGGAUUACUCUUCUGAAGAAGAGGACGUGCAGGUUCCUGCAGCUGUCACUGCCAAUGGAAAUUCUGGAGCUGCUGUUGUCAAGGCUGACUCAAAGCCAAAGGCCAUGCCUGUGGAAGUGGAGCCUGAAGCAGACGAAUCAGAUGAUGAAUCUGACUCGGAAGAGGAGUCUGAAGAUGGUGGAUCCGACUCUCUGAAAGGAAUGGAUGUUGAUGAGGAUGAUUCAGAUGAUGACGAGGAUGAUUCAGAUGAAGAAGAAGAGGAGACCCCUAAGCAGCCUGAGCAGAGCAACAAGAAGAGGAAUGAGCCUGCAUCUGCAUCUAAGACCCCUGUCUCAGCGAAGAAAGCAAAACCAGCAGCAGCAGCUACUCCUCAGAAAACAGAAGAGAAGAAGAAAGGCGGGCACACAGCUACACCACACCCAGCUAAAAAGGGUGGAAAGAGUCCGUAUGCUAACCAGAGCCCAAAAUCUGGAGGAGGUCAAUCAUCCGGUGGUUCUAACAAGAAGCAAUUCAACUCAGGAAAGCAAUUUGGUUCCAACAACAAGGGCAAGGGAAAGGGCAAGGGUAGAGCCUAGAGAAGCUGAGCAAUUGGAGGUUUUUGGUUUUUGGUAGAUGUUGAAGGGUCACUUCUUUUGGAGCUAAGAAGAUGAUAGAGACCUCGUUUAUUUUCAUUUUUCUUUUAUCUUAAGAUUUUAUCUCCUAUUAUCGGAUGUGCUAUUUAAGUAACUGCCAGUAUGAAUGAGAAAGAAAACUUGGUUAUGAAAAGUCGUUUCCUCUCA